AUGUCCUACUUCCCCAUCCUCCUCCGCGCGGAGCAGAAGCCCCUCGAGCACCGAUCCUUCUCGCCGUCCGUCAUCGGCUCCCUCGUCAAGGCCGGCCACCCCGUCUCCGUCGAGCGCUCGUCCACCGACCCCAACUUCCGCCGCAUCUUCGACGACGAGGAGUACGAGGCCGUCGGCGCCACCCUCGUCCCCACCGGGACGUGGCCCAAUGCCGCCCCGGGCACCCUCAUCGUCGGCCUCAAGGAGAUCCCCGAGGAGGACUUCGCCCUCAAGAACGACCAUCUCAGCUUUGCGCACUGUUAUAAGCGUCAAGGUGGAUGGGAGCAGGUCCUGAGCCGAUUCCCCCGCGGCGGCUCGACCCUGUACGACCUUGAAUUUCUCGUCGAUGGAGAUGGUAGACGCAUCUCGGCAUUCGGUUAUCAUGCGGGAUUUACCGGCGCGGCGUUGGGAGUUAAGACCUUGUCCUGGAACCUGACCCACCCGAAUGGCGAGCCACUGCCCUCCGUCGCGAGUUACACCGAUGGCCGAGGCUACUACCUUAAUCAGGACGAGCUGGUCGAGCAGAUCCGAGGCGACGUUGCUGUGAUUGAGAAGGAGUUGGGCCGCAAGCCCACUACUAUGGUUCUGGGUGCGCUUGGACGCUGCGGAAGAGGUGCCUGCGAUCUGUUCGCUGCUGUUGGACUGGAGACCACCAAGUGGGACAUACAGGAAACGCGAACACCCGGUCCUUACAAGACCAUCGUGGAACAUGACAUUUUCCUGAAUGCGAUUUACCUAUCAGAGCCUAUCCCUCCCUUCGUCAACCAGGAGCUUCUUGCCCAGCCUGGCCGCAAGCUCGGAGUCGUCUGCGACGUUUCAUGCGACACCACCAACCCCCACAACCCGCUCCCCAUUUACAGCAUCAACACCACCUUCGACAAGCCCACCGUCCCCGUCGUCGUCGAGAACGACCAGAACAAGACGCCUCUGUCGGUCAUUAGCAUUGACCACCUCCCCUCUAUGCUGCCGCGUGAGAGCUCGAUAUCGUUCAGUGAUGGCCUGAGGGAGGCGCUCCUCCAGCUGCACCAGAAGGACACCUACAGGGUGUGGACCGAUGCGGCCAAGCUGUUCAACGAGAAGGUUGCGGAGCUCCCCGAGGCUCUCCGGGUCAAGGAGGCUUAG